AUGCAAGCUCGAAAACAAUUUGGGAUAAAAAAGGUCUGGUCUUCAAAUGGCUUUAUCGGCGUCAGGUUGCCUGAUGGUUCCCGCCAGUGUAUUCAAUGCAAUGAGGACCUCAACCAGCUGGUACGUGAAUAUAGCAAAGCAAGAUGUGACGAGAAACCUCAACCGGCGGUGGAAGAAACCAAGGUUUCAAGGGAGCCUGGAAACACGCGCAGCGAAGUACCACGAACUAGGCGUACGUGCCAAGAGGACGUUAAAAUGACCGAAAAUGUGCAUCAUGUAGAUGAAGUAGUUAUGGAACUACCAAGCACUUUUACGAGGCCACUGGGUACGCCCAGAAGUCUUACCAAGAGAUUGAAACAGCAGCAAAAUCCGUCGGAGAAGAGGUUGAUAAUUAUGUACGCUCUUCGUCAGAAAACAAGACAUCUUAAAAUAAAAGUGGCAAACCUGGAACAAAGUCUUGAAGAGUUGAAGGCAAUAGCUAUAAGUAACAUUACCAUUGAAGAGUCAAUAAAAGGUUCCAGCUCUAGUGAUGAAAGUAAGCAUUCUGAUGGGAUUGUACUACUUUCUAUGGGGGUAGAAGUAAACACACUUUCUGUUUUGGCAUCGACCGCAACAACGCCGGGUAUACCAUCAGGAGAAGAGACUGUUGAACCUCCGGAUAUGGCACCAAGGAAAAAUUACACUCAAGAACAAAUGGCAAAAGCCAUCGAAGAAGUCAGGCAAGGGCAAAAAAUUUCUGCUGCUGCGGUAAAGUAUGGCGUCCCGAGAAUAACAUUAUAUAAUAAAAUCAAUGGAAUAAGUCCAGUAGAGUGCAAUAUGGGCCCAGAUACUAUUCUCACAAAGGAAAUCGAAAUGAUAUUGGUUAAGUGGAUUUUAUACAUGGCCGAUAAUCAUUUUCCUAUUACAAAGGAUCAGCUGCUUGAUAGCGUUCAAAAAAUCAUUAUUGAGAAAGAUCAGGGUCUUUCGUGUCCUUUUACCAACAAACGGCCAGGAAAAAAAUGGUACAAAUCUUUCCUAAAACGACACCCGGAAAUUGCACAACGCACAGCUCAAAAUUUAACAAAAGCAAGAGGAGACGUCACAGAAGACGACCUCAAGGAGUGGUUUAAAACUAACACCGAUUAUUUAAAAAAUCGAGGAUUAUACGAUACAAUAAUGACUGAUCCUAGACGUAUUUUUAAUACAGAUGAGAGUGCCUUUUUCCUACAACCAAAACCUGGACGAGUACUAGUUCGAAAAGGGGAAAAAAAUGUUUAUAACAGCUCCGGCGACGAAAAAGAAAAUUUAACUGUAUUGAUAACCGCAAAUGCCGCGGGUGAUUUAGCUCCGCCGAUGAUAGUAUUCCCGUACGAGAGAAUACCAACGGUAAUUGCUAAUAGCGUCCCAACAGGAUGGGCAAUCGGAAAGUCCGACACUGGUUGGAUGUGCGCUAGAACCUUCUAUGAAUAUGUUUGUAAUGUUUUUAACCCGUGGUUGGAUAAAAACUACAUACCUAAACCAAUAGUAUUUUUUCUCGAUGGGCAUAGAUCACAUAUGACCCUGCACCUAUCUGAUUUCUGUAAGGAAAACGGAAUAGAAAUUAUAGCACUCUACCCCAAUUCGACGCAUUUGUUGCAACCAAUGGAUGUGGCUAUCUUUAGGCCUCUAAAAUUAUUCUGGAAAAACCAAGUUCGCAUAUGGAAAACUGAGAAUCCGGGAAAACGCCUAAAGAAAGAAAAUUUUGCUCAAAAUUUGGAAUCUGUUUUGGUAAAACUGUCCACAGACACGAUAAAAAACGGCUUUCGCAAAAGCGGACUGUAUCCGUUUGGACCGGAAUAUGUGGAUUUGUCUAAAAUAAGUGCGCAGAAUCGUACUGAACAGGAUGAAUCUAGUGUGAUUAAAAAUACACAGUUUAUGAAGACACUGGAAUCAGAAAUAAAAAGUAUAUUCUCACAUAAAAAACUGACAUUGUUUAAUAAACUGUAUUAUAAGCAGAGAGCUGAUGUUGAGAAUUUCCUACCGAAUGAGGAUCAAUCAUUAUAUAUUAUCUGGGCUAAGACUAAAAAUUUAUUGGGAGGCAAUGAACAACAAAACAUACUUGAACCAAACACACAAACGCAAGCCACUCAAGAUCAGACAACACAGGGACAGACCAGGCUAGAACAGUACAUUCAAAGAGAGAAUACACAAGUACCGACCAUACAAAGACUGAGCACACAAGGACAGAUGACGCCAGAACAGAAUACACAUGAAUUGAAUGCACAAAGAGAGCAUAAAGAGGAACAGAGUGCGGAAGUACAGGUCACAACAGAACAGAAUAUACAAGGACUAAAUGAAAAUGGACAGAAUAUACAAGUGAACACAGAAACUCAGAAUGCAAGAGAACAGAUCAUGCCAGAACAAAAUACACAAGCACCGAGUUUUAAUGUACAAGGAAAGAACAUAGAAGCACAGAAUGCGCAAGAACAGAUCACAAUAGAACAGAAUACGCAAACACAGAAUGAACAAGGACAGAAAAAAGAAAUAAUCGAUCAAGGACAAGGAAACAAUGAGCAAUCUUUUUCAACGGUAUAUGCUACACCACAUAAAUCUGUUAUAACGUUUUCGCCAGUGUCAUAUCCUUCAACCUCUGCAACAUUUCCAAAAGACGUGGUAAUCCCGUCACCUUUUAAACGUGUCUUAUUUUGGCCUGAACCUGAAACUAAGAAGCGACGUACCAAGGAACGUGUACCGUCAGCUAUAACUAACAAUGGUGAUAUGGAAGUUAAAUAUGCUGCAAGCAGUGACUCAGAGUAUGCUGAAAGUGGGAAAUCAGACUCUGAAAAUGAACCUUUAAGUAAAAUAGUUUCUAACAAGAAAACUUUGUGUACGAAGAAAAUUAAAGAUGUUACCAAUGGCUCCUACGUCAUUGUAAAAUAUGAGGGAGAAUAUUUUCCGGGUAGUAUAGAAAAAACAGAAGGAGAUUUAUACGAAAUAAGUACAAUGGUAUUAUGUGCAGGACACUCUUUCAGAUGGCCAGAUAAGCCCGAUAAGAUAUGGUAUAAGGCAGAAGAUGUUAUAGAGAAAAUUAAUGACCCUUUGCUUCUGAAUAAGCGUGGGUUCUAUAAAAUCAAAGAAAUGGAAAAAUAUUUACCGGAUAUUUACAGCAUUUAA